CAGAGACCAGAGACACCAGCACGUCUCGAUGCAAAACGGUAAUCGACGGUAAUCAAAUUGUGCUGUUUGUGUGUAUUCCAUUGUUUAUUUUUCAUAUGGUAUCAUCUUGGAAUAAAACUGACCAAUAUUUAAACGGUUAUAUUGUAUAGAUGAAUCAUUAGUCGGGAAUUAAAUGAAAUUCAAGUCAUUGACGUAUUGGGAAAUAUAGUGUUAUGAAGUUCAUACAAACAUUCAGAUUAUUGCAUCAAAAUGGAGAAAGAUCUUCCUACCGUUAUCAACGCAGAAGACAAAAUCGAAACUCCUAUCGAAGAGCUACUUGGCUCUGUCACGACAUACAAUUGUUCUGAAGGUUCAGAAUGUAAAAGUCAACAAGUCCGUACAAGUGCCCGAGUUUUCAAAAAGUUGAAACUCGAUUCAGUUACAGCAACGCCGCCAUUACCAUUAGAACGUAAAGAAUCUACAUUAAAAGAAGAAAAAUUGGAAACGAAUAAGAAACCUUUGAGGCCUUCUUGGUCGCCAGAAGACAAAAGUCUGUUUUUUGAAGCCCUAAAUUAUUAUGGAAAAGAUUUCGAAGCAAUUCAUUUGUACAUAAGCAACAAACUAAAAAAGAAAGGAAUUCCAGAUUCAGCACUUAAAACAAAAGACCAAAUACGACAUUUUUAUUAUCGCACGUGGCAUAAAAUAUCAAAACACUUGAAGUUUUCUGAUGGUAUUAAGAAAAUUGCUCAAGAAUUAUAUGGUUUAAUUAAUUAUGGAGAAUUGAGAAGAAAAGUUGGUUCCGUUAGCGAAAAAAUUCGUAUGAAAUUAAAUGAGCUAAUGUAUCGCGGAAAUGUUGCAAUAAGAUGCAGGGGAAAGACAGUUCGAGUAAAAACUCCUCUUUGUCGCGCGUUACGACGCCUAAAUCAGCUUGACGAAAAACAAGAAGAACCAAAACUGCCUACAAGAAUCCUCGUUGAAGUUACACCGAAGGACGGCAAUUCCUGGAUGCAAGUACAAUUGAUAGCCCAAAAUCCUAGAAUUAAAGCUCUGUUGCCGUUACAAAAACGGCUAAGUUCGCUCUUGGAAUAUUUAAAUGUUAGGUGGAGAUCGUCUAUUUCAUCGGCCUACGAAAAGCUUAUAGAUUCUACGAAUAAUAUCGUAGAUGAACCAACCAAUACCGCUACAGAAGCAGAUAAAAAUUUAUUUCAACCGUCACUUCGUUUGUACCCUCCACAAACGGACGAUUUACAUAUGCCUACAAUUAAUUUGGGAGAAUAUCUUACUAGUCACAGUAUUUGCCUCAGUGCAUACGAAGAAAGGUUAGGAAUUCGCUCUUCUGAUUAUCAGCCAUGGAGUUUAAAAGGAAGUUUAAAAAACAGAGGCGCAAAACGUUGCAGAAAUGAAAUUACCGCUGAAAAGACCGUUAAAGCAAAUUCUAUCAUCGCAAAUACUGAUGUGAAUGCAACUGAUGCGGCUCUAUUAACAGACGUUCGGAACGUUAUUGACGAGGCAAUUAAUACGAUGUUAGCUUUACAAAAUCAAAGUAUCACGACUAAAAAAGAUGACAAAGAAACCGAAGAAAUUAAAAUGGAUGUUGAUGAUGAUAAAUGUACGAAUAAAGGGGAUGUAAAAAAUUUGGAAGAAUCGUACGAUAAUGAAAAGAAAAGUUUAGUAAACCCCAAAUUAGGAUGGACCGUGGACGAUUGUGGAACUCUUACUAUCGGCGAAUUGUAUUUAAUGUAUGGUUCUAAUUGUAAACUGUUAUUGGAAUAUGGUUGGGAUUCCGAUACAAAGAAAGAAUCAAUAAAAGAUGACAACAAUUCGGAGUUGAACGAAGUAAACCGCUGUACAGAUAAUACAUCUGUUAAUAACUCGAAAGAUACGAGCGGCGGAAGUGUUUCAUCGACACUGCAAAAACUUCUUUCUGUCGCCAAACUUCACUUUGGAAAAAAUAUCUAUAAAUGUCCGUGCGGCCAUUCUUGUAAUUACGUUAACAAUGAUAAAGUCAACGCUCCAAAGAACAAAGCAGUUAUUCCAAAGCAUUUGAAAAACAUCCAGUCAGAUCAAAAAGUGAACGGGGAAUUGGAAACAAAUAUAUCUACCGGGGAAGGAUUUUCCUCCAAUUCAAUCGAUAGAUCUUCAAGUCAAAUGCAGACGAACGUUUUCAAACAUCCUAGGACUUAUGGCAUUGAAUCAAUCACGGGUGCUCAUUUAGAUCAUCUGAGACCAAAAUAUAUCAAUAGAAAAAACAGAAGAAGCAACAAGCUGGUUGUAGAAAGACGAUUACCUCUGCUCGCCAAUAAAAAUUCCAUUCAUCAGAUUGUACAGAUGAACAUUAUUCCACAAGAAGUUAAUUUUAAAUCGUCAACUACAAAAACGACGACUCCUCGUCAAAUGGAGAACCUUGUACCGACCGAUAAUGCCAAUAAUGCGACUGAUAAUGAUUCCACUUCGAAUAAUAAUAAUCCGCUAAAAAUAAAUAAUACGUCAUUUAAAAUAAUAGAUCAGAACAUUUCGGAAAACCGAAAACAAGAAUUGCGCCAAACAUUAUCAUGUAAAAAAGAUAGUGACAUGCCUUUAACAACGGCAGACGAAAGAAUAAAAGACAAUAAAGAAAUGAAUCCAUCUGAAAUAAACGACAAUGCGACCACUUCCAGCAGAGUCAAUUCACCUGGCAGCAUAUGCGGUUUGCUAGAAUUUUCUGACAGAAAUGCUGCUAUUCCUAGCUUUGUAGGUCUUCUUCCAAACUCGACACCACCGGCAAGUCCUUCGCGUAUUUUAAAAGAAAUCGAAAAUCAGUGGAUAACGGCAGAAGUGGCCGAUUUUUCUCUCAGUAGUUUUCUUGGUCAUUUGGAAUCUCCAGCCAAACCAGAUCGAGUGUCACCUUCACCUCAAGUCGCUGACGAUUCGCGUUUGUCCCAAGAUGUGGAUGCACAUUUGCAGUCUUUAUUUUCCGAAAACAGCGUAGAUUACAUGGCCAAAUUUGCCGAUCUGGCGGCCCAAGUUACAUCAGAGAAGAAAUAGUCGCUAAUAGCAGAAGUUGCUCAGUUAGUAUUUCUAUUACAAUGUAAAAAAAAUAAUAAGAAUUUUUUUAUUUAGGUAUGUUGUAAAACAUAAUAUACCUGAUGUCGUCGUUUAUCUUUAAAUUAUUUUACAAAACUUUUUAUAAAUACGAAGUUGUAUAAAUAAAUAUUUAACGCCUG